GCUAGGAGGUGGAACUGGGUUGCGACGGUCCGACGAGAAAGAGCUGGGGUGCGGGGAAGUUGGGGAGCAGAGCCCGCUAGUUGUCCGUAUAGGGGUAAGGCCGCAGUGACCGGGUCCUUUAAGAAAGGGAGCCGAGGAGAAAGGGAACCGUGGGGCGGAUCCCAGGACGGAGGGUAAGGUUGUGUGGAAGGCGCUGCUCCCCGGAUGGCGGCUGUGGAUACUCCGGCCCUGGCCUCCAGCGGCCUCUCGCCGAAGGAAGAAGGGGAGCUUGAAGAUGGGGAGAUCAGUGACGACGAUAAUAACAGUCAGAUACGGAGCCGGAGCAGUAGCAGUAGCAGCGGCGGCGGGUUGUUACCGUAUCUGCGGCGAAGGCCAACUCACCCGGCCCGGGGCGGUGGAUCCGGCGGAGGCGGUGGCUCUUCCUCGUCAUCGUCCUCUUCUCAGCAACAGCUGAGGAAUUUCUCACGCUCGCGGCACGCGUCGGAGCGGGGCCACCUCAGGGGACACAGCAGCUACCGACCCAAAGAACCGUUCCGGUCUCACCCGCCCUCCGUGCGGGUGCCUUCGAACUCACUGACCGAAAGCAGCCCCCGGCCGUCUUUCUGGGAGCGGAGCCACAUCGCCUUGGACCGUUUCCGCUUUCGAGGCAGGCCUUACCGGGGUGGGAGUCGCUGGAGUCGGGGGCGAGGAGUGGGUGAGCGAGGAGGCAAGCCAGGGGGCAGACCUCCUCUGGGAGGAGGAGCGGGAUCCGGAUUCAGCAGCAGUCAGAGCUGGCGAGAGCCCUCUCCACCUCGGAAGAGCU